AUGGCAUUAGUUUGCAGGGUUUUCUCAGCGGCUAGUACUUGCUGCUGUUCGUUUCCUCGUAAAUUUCAACUACGUUUUUUCUGUAAUAAAGUAGCGAUUUCCAAUCCUCUGCUCUCCAAAUUGCUUCAAAUACCGAACUCACAAAUCAAAACUACACUUGAUUCAGAAGACCCUCUUCUCCUCAACAAUUCCUCCUUCUCCUGGGAUAUUCUCCUCACUUCCUCUCCUCAGAAAGCUCAAUCAGUUUUGGAAUGGAGAUUAGAUAAAAUGCUGAAGGAGAAUAAGACAUCUCGUGAUUACUCUGAUUUAAUAUCUCUUUGUGGAAAGAUUCGAAAUAUACCACUGGCAAUGCUUGUGUUUAGUUCGAUGGAGCGUCGUGGAAUUAAGCCCAAUUCUUCAGUUUUCAAUUCCCUUAUAUAUACUUGCUUGUGCUCAGGUGAUGUAGUGACAUCCAUUAGCUUAUUUGAAACAAUGAUGAGCUCAGAGGACUAUAAACCCAAUUCCGAGACUUAUGAUUUUUUCAUAGCGGGGUUUUCAAGCUUGGGAAAUGUUGAUGCAAUGCACACAUGGUACUCUGCUAAAAAGGCUGCUGGGUUUCCGGCUAAUGUUCAAACUUAUGAAUCUCUCAUUUCUGGUUGUGUUAAAUCGAAGGAUUUUGAUGGUGCUGAUAAAUAUUAUGAGGAAAUGAUGUCGAUUGGAGUUAUGCCUAGCAUAACCAUAUUGGAGUAUGUUCUUGAAGGGCUUUGCAAGCGUGGAAGUUUAGGUCAAGUUAAAGAGUUCAUGGAGUUUUUGUUGGAUGCAGGGUGGAAAAUUAAUGAGAAUAUGGCUGAAAAGCUUGUGAAAUUUUAUUGUGAACCUGGGAAAGUGGAUGAAAUGGAGGAGCUACUUGCAACUUUAAUAAAGUACAAUCAAGAUCCUCAAGUUUUGUUACAGGUGCAUUGUGGGAUUAUAAGGAUUUAUGCCUUGUCAGACAGACUGGAUGAUGUAGAAUAUUCUGUGGGGAGGAUGGGGAAACAAGGGUUAUCAUUUAAAUGUCCAGACGAUGUUGAGAAGGUGAUCUGUUCAUACUUCAGGUGUGAAGAAUACGAUAGGCUAGAGCUGUUUUUGGACCAUAUUAAGAGUUCUUACAAACUCACAAGAUCAAAUUAUGAUUUUCUGAUUGCUGGAUAUCGGAGAGCUGGCUUAUCUGAGAAAGUAGAUUUGGUGAUAAAGGAUAUGAAAUUGGCUGGAAUUUUAUAGUUAUCUUGAAUGGAGUGUAACUGUAACCAAGUUUGCUCUAAUCUCAGUAGUCCUUGUUAUCUUAAUAUCACAACAUUGGCCAAAUGUAUAUCAAAGCUUCUAUUGGAAUGAAACUUUGAAAAGAUUGAGAUUGUUUUGUGGUAAGUGAUUGUGUAUAUUUAAAGCGAAUAAGGAUAUGUUUUGAUAGCACAAGGUGCAUGGGAACCCUUCAGGAAGAUAGAAGAUAAUCUUGCCAUCUGCUAGUAGCAGAAGCUUCUUUAUAUAUAAAGCUUAUUAUACACAAGAAAAGGUGGAAGAUUAUUGAAAUGUGUUUCUUCGCUAACAAAACCAGGUUUGUAUAUUUAAUUUAUACACAUUCUGAAGGGGAAAAUAAAAUUGCCUUGGAUUCAUCUCAAGUCAAGAGAAGUAGUCAAUGAUCUUUGUUUUAAAUUUGUAUUUCAUCUUCUUUCGAAUUUGUAUUUGGUUUUUGAAUCUCUGAUCUCUUAUCUUUUACCCUUGUAUAUAAACCUGUGAUGUUGAAUAAAAAUACAAGCAGUCAAAUUCCUUCUUCCUGCGCAUUCUUGCUUCUAUUAGAUGGUGUUAGAACAUUCUUUCUCGCUGCUCAGUUCUGCCAAUUUUUUUAUUCAUUUUCCAGUUUCAACUUGUCAUAACCAGCAAACACACCAGCAAA